UUGGCGCAUUUUUCAAAUUUGAGCGGAAGAGCCCGUUAACAGUGUUGUUAACGCUAUGCCUUUCCCCAGUGUUGCAGAUUUUUAAUUUCGAUGUUCGACAAUUAGAUUGGAAUUCUUAUCUUUUUGAUUAUCUUAUGGGCGUCAAACGCUACGUUGAAGUUGUAUUCGGCAGUUGUCAGUGCGCUGUUGUGGUGGAUUUCUAUACGCAUGUUUGCAAGGUUCUUUUUGUUAAUAGCACGCUAACACUUUGCAGGAAUCGCUCAAAAAGAUAUCAGUGGUUUGGUUGGAGCGCUGGAUUCAUUUUCACCUAUAUUUGGUCAAAUUAUAGCUUGCGCCAACCAGUUCGCUUGAAAAAUUUGGAGGAAUAUAAGCAAGGAACAGCUGUCAUCACUCACUGA